AUGAUUGAAGAUAAUAAAGAAAAUGAAGACCAUGCAUCUGAAAGAGGAAGAACAGCCAUAAUUUUUUCCUUGAAGAAUGAAAUCGGAGGACUUGUAAAAGCAUUAAAACUCUUUCAGGAGAAACAUGUAAAUCUGGUACACAUUGAGUCACGGAAGUCCAAGAGACGAAAUUCUGAGUUUGAGAUCUUUGUGGACUGUGACAGUAACAGGGAACAACUGAAUGAGAUUUUCCAGCUCCUGAAAUCCCACGUCAAUUUUGUCUCCAUGAACCCGACAGAGCAUUUCAAUGCCCUGGGAGAUGGAGACAUGGAGAAUGUUCCCUGGUUUCCGAAGAAGAUCUCAGAUUUGGAUAAGUGCGCAAACCGAGUGCUGAUGUAUGGGUCUGAUUUGGAUGCUGACCAUCCUGGUUUCAAAGACAAUGUCUAUCGCAGGAGGCGAAAGUAUUUUGCAGACCUGGCUAUGAACUACAAACAUGGUGACCCAAUUCCCAAGAUUGAAUUCACUGAGGAGGAGAUCAAGACUUGGGGGACUGUGUACCGAGAGCUUAACAAGCUUUACCCAACUCAUGCCUGCAGAGAGUACCUUAAAAACUUACCCUUGCUCACCAAAUACUGUGGGUACAGGGAAGACAAUAUCCCCCAGCUAGAAGAUGUGUCCCGCUUCCUGAAAGAGCGCACAGGUUUCACCAUUCGCCCUGUUGCUGGAUAUUUAUCGCCCAGAGACUUUUUGGCAGGAUUAGCAUUCAGAGUUUUUCACUGCACUCAGUAUGUGAGACACAGCUCGGAUCCUCUCUAUACACCAGAGCCAGAUACCUGCCAUGAGCUCCUAGGCCAUGUCCCACUUUUGGCUGAACCCAGUUUUGCUCAAUUCUCCCAGGAAAUUGGUCUUGCAUCGCUUGGGGCAUCAGAUGAAGCUGUUCAAAAACUGGCAACAUGCUACUUCUUCACUGUAGAGUUUGGCUUGUGCAAGCAAGAGGGACAGCUACGAGUUUAUGGGGCUGGCUUGCUCUCCUCAAUUAGUGAGCUUAAGCACUCGAUCUCUGGCAGUGCCAAAGUCAAGCCUUUUGAUCCAAAGGUCACCUGCAAGCAAGAAUGCCUCAUUACAACUUUCCAGGAGGUUUACUUUGUUUCUGAAAGUUUUGAAGAAGCAAAGGAAAAGAUGAGAGAGUUUGCAAAAACCAUCAAGCGCCCAUUUGGUGUGAAGUACAAUCCAUAUACUCAAAGCGUGCAGAUCCUGAAGGACAUGAAGAGCAUUGCCAGCGUAGUGAAUGAGCUACGUCAUGAGCUGGACAUUGUCAGCGAUGCCCUCAGCAAGAUGGGCAAGCAGCUGGAAAUUUAA